AUGGCCACGGUGCGCAUCUGCGUUUGCGGCGAUGAGGGAACGGGCAAGUCGAGUUUGAUUACGUCCUUAGUAAAAGGUGUCUUCGUCACAAACAAGAUUCAGCCAGUCCUGCCCCAAAUCACCAUCCCUCCCACGAUUGGAACACCCGAGAAUGUGACGACCACAACGGUGGUGGACACGUCGGCUCUCCCGCAGGAACGAAGCAACUUGGCCCGCGAAAUCCGCAAGUCGAAUGUCAUCCUCCUUGUCUAUUCCGACCAUUACAGUUAUGAGAGAGUUGCUUUAUUCUGGCUCCCUCACUUCCGCUCCCUGGGCGUGAAUGUUCCCGUAGUGCUAUGCGCUAACAAGUCCGACCUGGGCAGCGACUCGGAAGUCGUCGAAGAAGAGAUGCUGCCCUUGAUGGCAGAAUUUAAGGAAAUUGACUCAUGUAUUCGCUCGAGUGCCCGGGAGCAUCGCAAUGUGAACGAGGCUUUCUUCCUCUGCCAGAAAGCUGUGACACAUCCCAUUGCGCCACUUUUCGACUCCAAAGAAUCGGUCCUCAAACCUGCCGCGAUUGCAGCACUACAGCGCAUCUUUUACCUAUGUGAUAAAGACCGAGAUGGAAUAUUGUCGGAUAUGGAGAUUGAAGAUUUCCAGCUGAAGUGUUUUGGGAAACCAUUGAGCCAAGAGGACCUCCUUCAUAUUAAAGAGACUAUCCAGAAGACCCACCCUUACUCUGUCACACCAACUGGGAUCAACUUAGACGGUUUCUUGCACUUGAAUAAGCUGUAUGCCGAGAAGGGUCGCCAUGAGACUGUGUGGAUUAUAUUGCGAACCUUUCAGUAUACCGACAACCUCUCACUGCAAGAAACAUAUCUUCACCCUAAAUUCGAUGUUCCCCCUUUCUCCUCGGCAGAGCUGUCACCGGAAGGCUAUCGCUUCUUAGUUGACUUGUUUCUGCUCUCGGAUAAAGACAACGAUGGCGGGCUCAACGACUCUGAGCUGGCAUCAUUGUUCGCCCCAACUCCUGGCCUGCCCAGUUCUUGGACCGAUGGCUCAUUCCCCUCAUGCACCGUUCGCAACGAAUCCGGCCACGUCACUCUCCAAGGCUGGUUGGCCCAAUGGAGUAUGACUACUUUCACAUCGCCAAAGACGACAUUGGAAUACCUUGCCUACUUAGGAUUCGAAUCAUCAGAUCGAAGCAACCCCAGCACUACUGCGGCUUUGAAAGUCACAAAGCCACGCAAGCGUCGCCGUCGUCCUGGCAGGGUGGGCCGUAAUGUUGUUCUUUGCCAUGUUUUGGGAGCUCCUGGGUCAGGGAAGUCGGCUUUACUCGACGCCUUUCUAUCCCGGGGAUUUAGCAACACCUACCAUCCUACAAUCCAACCACGAACCGCAGUCAACACAGUCGAACUGCCUGGAGGGAAACAAUGUUAUCUCAUUCUCGAUGAAUUUGGAGAGUUAGAGCCUGCCUUGCUAGAGAACCAGACGAAACUUCUAGACCAAUGUGACGUUGUUGCAUACACUUAUGAUUCUUCCGACCCUGACUCGUUCGCCUAUAUUACCAGACUGCGUGCCAAAUACCCGCAUUUGGAGGAACUCCCAAGCUUGUUCCUUGCAUUGAAGGCAGAUCUUGACCGAACAACACAACGGGCUGAGUGCCAACCCGACGAAUACAUAGCGCGUCUGGGACUACCUGGACCUCCGCUCCAUGUCAGCGCAACAUGGUCCUCAAUCCAAGAAGUCUUCGUCCACAUCGCCGAAGCGGCGAUGGAGCCCAGCACAACAUUCCCACGUACCCCCGAAGACGAGGAAAGCAAGUGGAUGGCCUGGGGAAUAGCUCUCGGGGCGGUGGUUUGCGCCGGAGCGGCUGCUGUUGUGAUAUGGCGGCGGGUGAGUGGUGGUACAUCCUAG